AUGUAUAAAGUCAAAAGUAAACAUCGUGGUCCAGCGGUUAUCAACCUUGCAAGAGACCCGAAAUCAAUCUCAGGGGAGGGGAGGUGGGCGAUUGGGGAGGAGGGGGAGGAGGUGGAGGAGGAAGAGGAGGAGAAACAAGAAGAAGAAGAAGAGGAGGAGAAGGAGCAGCUCAAGCAGAAGCAAAAGAAGAAGAGGAAGAGAGACAGGAAGUGCAAACAAAGACAUCGGCAGAAGAGGAAGAACGAAAAGCUAGAAGAAACUGAGAAGCAAAAGCAGAAGCAGAAGAGGAGGAGGAGGAAGCGCGAGCAAAAGCAGACGCAGCAACUGCAGAAGAGAAAGAAAAAGAAAGAGAAAGAGAAAAAGAAAGACAAGAAGAGGGGACAUGCUGGAGGAGGAGAGGAGGAGGAGGAGGAGGAGGAGGUAGGAGGAGGAGGAGGAGGAGGAGGAGGAGGAGGAAUCAGCACAAAAGGGGAGAGACGGGAGUCGAUGCGGCUGGUGGCGUUCUCUAUGCAAGAGGGCGUCCCUUUUCCAGCUGACAUAAAUCUGUCCUCUUGCAAUCCCUAUUCACCAUCACCAUCAUUUUCAUCACCUUCAGAAAUCGUAAACCUGCUCUUCGGGAGAGGAUAUGCAGUCAUCAUCAUCAUCAUCAUCAUCAUCACCAUCACCUUAUUUUCUAUACAACUGCCGUAA